AUGCAGGCGCAGGGAAUGUCUGUCGGAGAUCUCCAGACUCUCGUGCCAGGUUGUGUCAAAGACAAGCAGAUAACUACGAGUGCCGCGACACAUAUUCUUAGCACGUCUGACGUUGAGCGGCUGGUAACCAAGUAUCUUCAUCAUGACACCGGCCGGUCGCACGGUGAACCCACUAGGGUGAAGGACUUCGGCGCGAGAGCGCGGCUUUACGUCGGAAGUCCCGACCUAACAGCGAGCUUAUGGAAGGAAGCAUCCCACCUUUUCGGCCGAACAUCGCCAGAAGCAACCGGGAAGAUGGGAGACAUGUUGUUGCUCGGUAAGAACUAUGUUUCCGCGGACGAACGUUCUCUUACUAUUGGUAUAGUAUCUGCCGCAAAUGCCACGCGUGACGCCCUCUCGGAUCUUGCGGGAGGCUAUCUGAUGGAUGAAAACCACCCUCUAUACGCCGACUACCAGAAAAGGGAAGACAUCCGCGAGUACCUCCAUAGCAACCUGUGGCUGCGAGAGCUUGACUAUCAGCCGCUCGACUGA